AUGCCUGUCAAGUACAUCUUCACCGAAUCCGCCCCCUCCCAGACAAACUACUUCCGCUCCGGCCGCGGCGGCGCAGGCAACACCUUUCGCACCUCUGCCCUCCUCCCCUCGACAGCAACCUCAACGGCCACAACAACCACAACAACUUCAUCCUCCUCGGCGCAGCAGCCCCGACACCUGCCCAACCAGCGCUUCUUCUCCGGCAUCGGCGGCGCCGGCAACGUCCACCAGGCCGACGAGCUGCAGUCCGCCCUCCUCAACUCGCUGGAGACGAGCCCGCCGCUCGGCAACCCGGAGCGCGGCCACGUCGGCCGCGGCGGCGCGGGCAACGUCUAUGGCGGCGGCCGUCGCAAGACGAGCGAUGCCGGGAGCAGCGUCUCGAGCGCCGGUAGUGUCGCCAGCUCGGUGAGCGAAAAGGCGAGGGCGUGGGCGUCGCGGGUCGGCGGGAGAGGAAGGAGUAAGGAGGUUGUUAUGGAUUACGACAAUCACGAUUAUAUACCCCCCAGCCUUGUUCAUGGGCUUUUCAUUCUGGGAUUCUAA